GCCCGGCCGCCGCGCAUGCGCAGGGGGCGUGUACUAGGCCGGUUGCCAUGAGAGCGGUGGCCCUGGCGAUGGAGCCGGAGUGAAGUAGGUGAGGGCUGGGGGGGGAGGAGGAGGAUCGUUGCCCCGCUCGCGGUCCUGUCAUGCCCGAGCUCAACUGUGCAGAAUGCCACACAAAAUUGGAUUCGUAGUUAUCAGUUCAUCAGGACAUGAAGAUGGCUUCAGUGCAAAAGAACUGAUGGUUCAUGCACCAACAGUCAAUGGAUGGAGAUCACCAAGGUACUACUCUGCCAGUAUCCACAAGAAAUCGUCCUUCAGAUGGUGGAGAGAUGUCGAGUUCGAAAGCUGCAAUUACUCGCUCACCAGUAUAUGAUUUCAAGCAAAAUUGAGUUCUACAUUAGUGAAAAUCUGCCUGAGUACUUUGCACCGUAUCAGUCAGAGCGGUUUCGCAGACUGGGUUAUGUCUCUCUCUCAGACAAUGAGAAGACGGGGUACAAAGCACGGGAGCUGAAGUCAGUCUACGUGGAUGCAGUAGGACAGUAUCUAAAACUCACUUUCCAUAAAAAUUACAUCAAUAGAUACAACUUAUACAGUCAGGUUGCUCUGGUAGCAAUAAAUAUAAUUGGGGAACCUGCAGACUACAGCAAUGACAGCAAUAACCCUUCAAGAGAGAAGCUGAUUGACCAUUACCUUGGGAACAAUCCAGAUGACCUAGCCUUAGACGGAACAUACCUCGGAAAACCUGACUCUAUUUCACCACUGGAUGAUUUGGCUUUUGAUAUGUACCAGGAUCCGGAAGUUGCUCAGAUAAUUCGUAAACUGGAUGAGAAAAAGCAUGAAGCUGUCCAUCAUGAACGUUAUGACUAUGCCAAGAAACUCAAACAAGCUAUUGCUGACUUGCAAAAGGUUGGGGAACGACUCGGGCGGUAUGAGGUAGAAAAGCGCUGUGCUGUAGAGAAAGAAGAUUAUGAUCUUGCUAAACAGAAGAAACAGCAGAUGGAAGAGUACCGCCUGAAGGUGUAUCAGCAACUGGAGCUGCACAACCUUCUGGAUCCAGAGCUGAUGAUCCGAAGACCUCCUGAAUUGCCACUUGAGCCUAUGGUUUAUUCAGUUAGCCCUCGGCAAAAGAAACCCAUGCAGUCACCCCAGCAUGAGAAAACAGAAGCACAGAAGACCGAGCCUUUGCCACAAGAAAAGCCACCCAAGACAACUUCCCCUGAGCCCACUGUUCCUGAACACUCCGCUUCUCCUGUUGCUCAGCCACCAGUCUCUGUAGAGGGUUUUCCAAAGAUAAAUGUUGAAUUUUUGCCAUAUGAUGAGAGACCUCUUCCAGCUAUUCGUAAGCAGCAUGAGGAUGGAUUUGCCUACCUUGAGCCAGAGAUGAAUGAAGAAGAUAUCAGUGAUACUCCAAGAAGUGGCAUCACUGGAGAACCAGAACCAUUAACUGAGAAAGCGCUGAGGGAGGCUAGCCCUGCCAUUGAAGUUUUCGGAGAGGCCUUGGUUGCAGGAGCAUAUUCCAAGACUUGGUCAUAUCGAGAAGAUGCAUUGCUUGCUAUAUAUAAAAAGCUGAUGGAAAUGUCUGCCAGCACAUCUAAGGAUGAUUUAAAGAAUAUGCUUAGAGCUGCUAUCUUUCUUAUAAGAAGAGCCAUAAAAGACAUAGUGUCUUCAGUUUUCCAAGCUUCCCUGAAACUUUUGAAAAUGAUCAUCACUCAGUAUAUACCAAAGCAUAAACUAGGUAAACUGGAAACAGCUCAUUGUGUGGAAAGAACGCUUCCAAAUCUGCUUUCUAGAACAGGAGACUCCUCAACCCGUCUUCGUAUUGUGGCUGCCAACUUCAUUCAGGAAAUGGCACUAUGUAAUGAAGUUAAACCUCUUCAAAUCAUUCCGGUUCAUCUGGUCCAACCAUUGAAACCGAAUUCCCCUACUCAUCUGGCAAUGAGUCAGGUGGACUUGGUGGAACGGCUGUUGAAAGACCUGGGAACAGAAAACUCUGGAUUUACCAUUGACAACGUCAUGAGGUUUGCGACAGGGGCAUUGGAGCACAGAGUAUAUGAGGUACGCGAUACAGCAUUACGGAUUAUCUUCGACAUGUACAGGCAGCACCAGGCCAUUAUACUGGACUAUCUUCCUCCAGAUGAUGCCAACACACGCAAGAAUGUUCUCUAUAAAACACUCUUUGAUGGAUUUACUAAAAUAGAUGGUAGACUUACUGAGGCUGAGCUUAGGGCACAGAAAAAGGCAGCCACAGAAAAAGCAGAAAAACAGAAGAAAGAGGAGAUUAAGGUCCUGCAAGGGCAGCUAGCAGCGCUGAAGGAGAUCCAGGCAGAAGUUCAGGCUGGAAAGGAGAAAGAAAAUGAUUUUCAGAAGCCAAAGACUCAAGGUGAGCAGGUAAAGAAAGUCACCCUACCUGCGGCAACAGAGAUUCCAGAUGAUCAUUCCUCGGUUGCAAAUUAUUUAGAUAACCUAUGCAUUUUUUGUGGUGAAAGGGAUGAAUCCUUCACAGAGGAAGGCUUGGAUCUCCAUUACUGGAAACAUUGCCCUAUGUUGACAAGAUGUGAGCACUGCAAACAGGUGGUGGAGAUAGCAAGCCUGACAGAGCACUUGCUGACUGAGUGUGAUAAAAAAGAUGGCUUUGGGAAAUGUCAGCGCUGUAGUGAGGCCAUUCCAAAAGAGGAACUGCCCAAACAUGUGAAGGGCAAGACUUGCAAUCCUGCAAAACCAGAAAAGGUGGCAAACCAUUGUCCAUUGUGCCAUGAAAACUUCGCCCCAGGAGAGGAGGCGUGGAAAUCUCACUUAAUGGGCAAAGAUGGCUGUAAAAUGAAUCUGCGGAGGACGCAUACACUCAAUAAAACUCUGCUGAUGCAGCCUGGCAAAGCAGCAGGAUUAACCAUAAACAAAUCAGGUCCUACUGCAACAAAGGUUCGAUCCCCCUCUGUAGGAAGCAAGAUCCCUACCCCAAAAGGGGGCCUGAAUAAAAGCACUGGCAGAACAUAUGCAAAGCGAUGACAUGAGAAGUACUUGUUUCCUUUGUCUCCAUAACUGAGCAAGUUUUAUGUGAUGCACAACAUUUCCAAGAUUUGUUUACAAGUGAUAGGAGCCCCACGUCAUCCAUUUCACCUGAACUACACACUGCUGUUUAUCAACCACAAAUAGUGUUUGACUGCUUCAUUUACCCAAUAGUUAACACUUAUAUAUUGGUUCUCUCCGUGCAGUGUUGUGUAUAAUUAUCCCAAGAACCUGCAUCUCACUUUUAGUGAUGAGCAGUCUUUUGGGGACAGAGCCUCUGGCCUGCUGCACUCCUUUUGCACUUCCCCAAUAGCAUGGAGGGAGCAGAAAGCAGCUGAACCUUCCCUGAUGAGGAUUCUCUCAGCCCGGGGGAGUCCCUAGUAGUAUAGAUCCUGCAUAGCCAGAUCCUGAGCUAUCCACUGCAGCAGCAACCAAUGUAGAGAUCCUGGCCAAAAUAUAGCAUGCUUCGGCUGUCCCUGGUCAGUGUAUUGUCCCAUGGGACUAGGGUGGUAGCUAGUGUAACAAGAGCAUCCUGGAUGCUAGGACAAGUAAGGAACUGGCCCCAGGAUCAGGAUGCCACAACUGGCUCUCUUUUGGCCCUUCCUCGGGGCAUAGCUGAGACUCUAGCCCUUCUGAUUCAAACUAAAUCAGGUUUUCAGAACAAAGCUUUGCGGUAUCUGUUCCUUUGAACCAAAGCUAAUGUUCGCUUACAAAUACUCCCCAAAUGCAAUCAUUGUAUCAUAUGACUUUAUCAGUUUAAUGAAGUCACUAUAAAAUUUGUUGGUAAUUGUUCUUUGCCAAAACUUGCUUGGUUGUGUGACACAGUAAAAGUAAUAGUGUCACUACACACCUGAUUGAGGGGAAAUAAGUACUAGUUGUACAGAAAUAGAGCUACAAGAAGACUAUAGUAUCACUUACCUACAGUAUAGGUCUACUGUGUAUAUUUCUGCACCACUCCAGCAAAUCAAAACCAGUCUACAAAGAAAUUAUCAUAUUUAGGCUUUGAAACACAUCACUGAAUAUUAGAAACACAGUAGCUGUAUUGCAAUCACAGUAGCCUUGCUGUCGUUAAGUUUGUGUCAUAGGAGUGUCACAACCCAACUGUUCUAAUGUACAGCUAACAAAAAUUAAAGUAGAAAGUAAGUCUUGA